UUGUUCUGUGCGUGAAUGUGUGUGUGUCCACAGGGGGGCGGUAGUGAGGAAGAGGCGGCGCCCGUGUGUCUCAAAGAGCUGCAGGGGGACAGGUCGGAGAGCGAGGGCAGUGACUACUCCCCCAUCAAGAAGAAGAAGAAGAAACCAAGGGAGAAGAAGGAGAAGAAGACCAAGCGGAAAAAGAAAGACGAGGAGGAGGAGGAGGAAGAGGAGGAGGAGGAGGAUGUGGGGCUCAAGGAGCCCAAGUCCUCGGCUCAGCUGAUGGAGGAGUGGGGGCUGGAGAACGUGGACUAUGGCUUCACAGAGGAGGACUACCACACUCUGACAAACUACAAAGCAUUCAGCCAGUUCCUGAGGCCUCUCAUUGCCAAGAAGAACCCCAAGAUCCCUAUGUCUAAGAUGAUGACGGUCCUGGGGGCGAAGUGGCGCGAGUUCAGCAGCAACAACCCGUUGAAGGGCCUGUCUGCUGCUGCCGCCGCCGCAGCCGUGGCUGCUGCCGUGGAAACCGUGGCUGUGUCCCCGCCCGUCCCUCAGCCCGCGCAGCCUGGAGCAAUCAGGAAAGCCAAAACCAAGGAAGGGAAAGGCCCGGGGGUGAGAAAGAAAAGUAAAAGCACCAAGGAAGCCAAAAAGAGAGGC